CGCAUUUGAACUAGCACUGCCGACGUCUUGGACAAGCUUUACUACUGUGUUAAAAUGCCUGAAAUUGCAGAAGGUGAAAAUGUCUGCUCCCGAGGGCCACUUUCUUUCCCACCGUCCUUGACUGACCAGCGUUUCCCAUACAUAUCAGUGGCGAGAUGUGUCCACUUUCUUCAACUUCAUCUCGUGGGGAAGACGAUUGCCAGAGUCACCGCCAUCGAUGAUGCCAAUGUAUUUGGGAAGGCCGGCACCAGUGCGUCGGAAUUCGAGAAAGCCAUACGGGGCAAAAGAGUAGUGUCAGCGGGUCGUCAGGGCAAAUAUUUUUGGAUCACUUUUGAUCGGCCACCUCAUGCCGUGAUGCAUCUGGGAAUGACUGGAUGGGUCCACAUCAAGGGCGAUAGGACGGCCUACACGAACUACUACAAGAAGAUGAAAGAAGGGGAAGCCGACAUGUGGCCGCCAAAGUACUGGAAGUUUCAACUCGAAACGGAGGGCAACCCCAAGGUAGAAGUCGCCUAUACGGAUCCCCGACGUUUCGGCCGUGUCCGCCUCGUCGACUGCCCCGGCCAGGACAUUCGCAGACACUCACCUCUAAAAGAAAACGGACCGGACCCCGUUGCCGAUCUCGACGUCUUCACCCAGGGGUACCUCGAAAAGAGGAUGAAGUCGCGCCACGUGCCCAUCAAGGCUCUCCUCCUGGACCAGAGCCACAUCAGCGGCAUCGGCAACUGGGUCGCCGACGAGGUGCUGUACCAGGCCCGUGUCCACCCGGAGCAGUACUGCGACGACUUCGGCGACGAUGAGAUUGGCAGGAUAUACGACUCCAUCAGGGAUGUCUGUCAGACGGCCGUCGAUAAACUGGGCGACUCGGACGAGUUCCCGGACCAUUGGCUGUUCAACCAUCGCUGGGGCAAGGGUGGCAAGAACGGCGGCUCGAGCGUGCACCCGAACGGGGAGAAGCUGGCCUUCUUGACGGUCGGUGGCCGCACGAGCUGCUAUGCGCCGUCGCGGCAGAAGAAGACGGGUCGUGUGGUGGCGUCUGUGAAGGAGGAACCGCUCGAGGAGGCCUCGGCUGCUGCUCCACCUAAGACUAAGGGUAAGGCUCGGAAGAAGGCAGUGGAGAAGGAGGAAAGUGACGCCGACGAACCACCUCCGGCAAAGAAGCGACGUGGGGGGGCGAAGCGGGCUGAUUCAGCGGCUGCGUCAAAGGAGAAGUCCAAGGUGAAGACCGAGUUGGAUGUGGUGCCAGAAUCAAGCUCUGGUGGCCUGGAUUCUGGCAGACGGAGGUCAAGUCGUCUCAGAAAAUAAGUCUCGUAACUUCUCCAAGCCGAGCGAUGGUGCUUCAUCACCAACUUCCAACGAUGGUUCCCGCAGCCAAGGCUUUUUUCUUCUGUCUCUUCGUACAUGGCUUUCCCUCACCGAGUACGAUACCAUGUUCGGCGAGUUGACCGAGGGCAUCUCACCUCACAGCAUGGAGCCAAUCAAAACCGGUUAGACGAGUUUACUGUGGAGCCUCCUUCGUACUGUGCCGUACAUAGUGCGCUUACAGUGUACCAGUUUCGCUGUCCCCACCGGUCUCUAGGUAGGU